AUUAUGCUCUAAAUUACUAUGCUUGUUAUUGUUUAAUGCUUUUUAAUGAAACGAUCACUUAAUAUAUUUUACCAUAGUUUUCAUCAUGUAUAUGUGAUUGGAAGACAAUAAUUUGAGUCUUUUCACUAUGAUCAUGAUUUUAAUCAUUGAUGGCCAUGGGUAACAGUUUGAAGAACACCUUGAAAUGUUAAGAAAUCAUUUUUGAAUUUUUGAAAAUGUUUGUAAGUGAUUUCAUAAAAGGGGAAAAUGUAGAACUUGGAAUAAAGAAAAAAGAAGAAGAAGAAAUAAAUAAAUUGAGUAGGCGUAACACAACAUUUGAGUAGACAAGACAAUAAAACUUCCCUCUAAAUUGUAAUCAAUUUGAAGGUGAAUAAAAUGUGUACUUAAAGAGAUUUUGGGUUAGUAGAAGAACCAGCAAUUGAACUAGGUUUUGGUUUAAACUGGUUUAGUUGUGAGUUCUGAAAUUCUAUUUCCCUUGGUUUAAGCAUGUGAAACAUUGGACUUUCUCUGGGCUGGGCUGGGCUGGGCUAGGCUGUAUAGAAUGAUUUUAGUGAAUUUUUAAAGUUUAACCAUAGUUCUGAAUCAAACCGAACCGAAAUAUAGUUCGGUUUAGUUCAGACCUAUAAACCCAAUUGCCCAGCUCUACGGUCUUUCUCUGAAUGUGAAUUUGGUAGUUGUAGCGCUGAUUUUGAAUUUGAAUCUCUUCUUCUCGCCUUUCCUCUGUGUGGGGAGCAAAUCAAUAUAUAAAGCAAUGGAGUGUGAUGCUUCUUGUAGCAUGGUUUACUGUGGGAAGUCCUCUGUGGAAGAUGAAAUAGCAACGCGUUUGAAGAAAGACAACGUGCUUAAGCUCUCAGAUGAUACCCAAGUUUCACUUUUGUUACAAUCUGAGGAUGAGGCUGAGACUUUAUUACUCAAAGAUUACAGUUCAUUUGAUCUUUCACUCUUCAUGGACUCCCUUACUGCUCGUCGGUUUGGUCGGUUUCUCAUUUGGUCUCCGCGCUUAUCUACCACUCAUGAUGUUGUUUCUCACAACUUCUCUGAGCUUCCACUCGGUGCAGUUUGCGUCGCAGAUGUCCAGUUCAAGGGCAGAGGCAGAUCAAAGAAUGUGUGGGAGUCUCCAAAGGGUUGCCUUAUGUAUUCUUUUACUCUAGAAAUGGUAGAUGGUCAAGUUGUGCCUUUGAUUCAGUAUGUAGUAGGUCUCGCUGUGACCGAGGCAGUGAAGUCUGUUUGUGACAAGAAGGGGUUGCCUUACAUUGACGUUAAGAUAAAGUGGCCAAAUGAUAUAUACUUGAAUGGCCUUAAGGUUGGAGGCGUUUUGUGUACCGCAACGUACAGAUCAAAGAAGUUCGAUGUCAGUGCUGGUGUUGGACUGAAUGUGGACAACGAGCAACCAACCACAUGCUUGAAUGCAGUACUAAAAGAUCUGUCUCCCACAUCAGAUCUAUUUAAAAGAGAAGAACUUCUUGGUGCCUUCUUUGAUAAGUUUGAAAUGUUAUUUGAUCUACUCAUGCGCAGAGGAUUUAAAUCUCUCGAGGAGCUUUACUACAGGACAUGGCUUCACAGCGAGCAAAAAGUGGUUGUUGAAGAUAGAAUUGAUGACAAAGUUGUUCAAAAUGUUGUGACUAUUCAGGGUUUGACUUCUUCCGGGUAUCUGCUGGCUAUUGGAGAUGACAAUCAAAUGUAUGAGCUUCGCCCUGUUGGCAAUAGUUUCGAUUUUCUCAAAGGUCUGAUCAGAAGAAAACUAUGAUCCGCAGCAUCUUCUGGUGGAAGAAACUCUUGUUUUAAGCACACCAAGAACACAAACUAUUAUCAUUACAGAAUAAACAAACUGCUUAUUUCUUUGAUGUGGAUAUGGUCUUUAUAAUCCAUUUAGCCUGGUGGAAUUGUGGUGAUAAUUGAUGUUGCCAAUCUAAGAACUGCAUCUACUUGUAACACAUUUUUAUGAUGUAUUUAUCGGCAAGCUGAUGAGCCUGCAGCAAAACAGGGAAUAGAGAGAAGCUCUCUGAGAAUAGUUGA